AUGGUGUACUCAACUGACGAUAUCGCAGAAGCGUUGAGCUUGCAGUCCGUUAAGUACAUGCAUGCAUCGAUGGCUACAUUCUGGACCUAUGACUAUGCAUGUUCACUUCAUGAAGAGUGGACAUUUUUGCUUCGAUCACGCUGGACCAAGAUGAAAUACCUCUAUAUCAUCACACGAUACCUCCCCUUUAUAUUUCUGGCCAUGGGUCUAUCCAUUUACUUUACCCCAAAUGAGAACCUAGGUAAAUGCCGGGUGUUGGAAAAUACUCAAUCAGGUCUUGGAGUAGUACUAGUCAUUGUCUCCGAAAUUUUUUUUAUCCUUAGAACAUAUGUGCUCUGGAACAAACAUAAAAUUUUGCUCGUAGCCAUCUUGUUCACCUUUUUCACUUUUCUCGUAGCAUCCUUCUGCAUUGUCUUCGCCACUGGCGUCUCCGCAACAUGUACUCGCUCUCACCCUCUGGCGUUCCACGACCACUUAAACAUUUUGUUCUCUUUCACAGAUACGACUAGCGCGAUCCCGGGAAUCACAGGGUGCUACGAGAAUUCGACAAGUUUCCAGUGCUUCAUAGCAUUUCUUCUCCUUUCUGUGUUCGAACUAGGACUCAUAGUGCUCACACUCAUACGCGCCAUGCAGAACUGGCGGAUAAACUCAGGUGGUCUGUACGUUGUCCUGGUGAACCAUAACAUAUCCUAUUACGCAUGCGGUCUUCGUGAGUUUACAAUCGUUCGAGCCGUUUUCCCGUACUCAGCCGUUAUCAUUCUCUUUUCUGAAGUGUUCUCGGUUACGAACAUCAUCAUCACAUCGCUGUUCCUCCAGUACUACUCCUACCAAACCAUUUUGUAUGGCGUCCAGUGCAUCAUGCUUGCAAUUCUUGCCACGCGCAUGCACCUCCAUCUCUGGCAGGUGAAUCGACAUCCAUACAGCUCCACUAGCACCCUCGUGCAUGUUCCAAUGUCCGACAUUUCCUUUGCAAAUCCCGCGGCGUGA